AUGUAUGACGCCGUCAAAAAAGAGUUUCAGCUCAUGAUGGAUCAAGGCAUAUGCCGGCCAUCAAAAUCACCUUGGUCAUCUCCACUUCAUGCCGUUACCAAAAGCUCAGGCAACAUUCGCCCCGUGGGUGACUAUAGGAGAUUGAAUACCUGUACUGUACCGGACCGUUAUCCCAUACCCCAUAUCCAGGAUUUUUCCAAUGCACUCCACGGAAUUAAAAGGAUCAGAUCUUCUCCUUAUCAUCCUCAGGCCAAUGGCCUGAUCGAAGAGUUCCACCGCCCAUUAAAGGCAGCUUUGAAAGCCUACAACACAGAUCAGUGGUCUGCAGCACUGCCCACCUUGUUACUCGGAUUCCGGUCCGUCUUCAAAGAGGAUCUACAAGCGACAACUGCUGAGCUGGUAUAUCGCAAGUCUCUGCGACUACCAGGAGAAUUUUUCGAUCCAACACCUGGAGACGCAUCACCCAAGCAGCUUGUGGAGGACUUAAAACGCCAUUUUGCAACGAUGAGACCAGUUCCAACGUCCUGUCAUGGCCAAAGAACAAUCUUUGUGCAUCCUUACCUCAACGUGUGUUCACAUGUAUUUGUGAGACAUGACGGUGUACGCAAACCCCUACAAGCACCAUAUGAUGGACCCUACAAAGUUCUUGUCAGGCGACAGAAAACUUUUGAUCUCGAGAUCAAGGGAACUUCCCAUACCAUAUCCAUAGACUGUCUGAAACCUGCUUUUAUAAUUCCUCCUGAGUGUUCCAGUAUACCACCGGCCAAGCAAGAAGCAAGUUCCACUACUAAGUGUACCAAAACACUUCCAGCUGAGACAUCCAUCGUCGUUCCAGCAAGGCAAACAACUCGCUCAGGCCGACAAGUUCGACCCCCACGUCGUUAUGUCCAUUUCCAAUGA